AUGGCGACCAACAAUAAUAAGAUCGUUGCCAAGAAAACAAGAGGGAAGCAAAAGAUCGAGAUGAAAAAAAUUGAAAAAGAAUCAGACAUGAUAACCACCUUUUCAAAACGCAAGUAUGGAAUUUAUAAGAAAGUAAAUGAGCUAAUCACCCUAACAGGCAGUGAGGUUGGAUUUUUGGUCUUUUCUCCUGCAGGAAAAUCCUUCACUUUCGGUCAGCAUUCUUUCAAGGAUCUUUCACUUCGAUAUCUCGGCCGACAAAAAAAGCAGCCCCAAUUAUCACCUGACAAUGGGAAGAUGUUUAGGCAGGCAAGGAUCCAAGAGCUAAACCAGACAUACAAUAUGCUGCUCGAAUUGGUGGAAGAGGAAGAAAAGAAAGAUCUGGCGCUGAGGCAAAAGCUCAAGGGGAAGCAACUAAACAACUGGUGGAACAAAACUGUUGAGAAGGUGGAGGUGGAUGGUGGAAUUGAAGUUGUACUUGAUCAUCCCUCAUCUUCAUAUGGGGUUCCUCAUUCUGUUGAUUUUGGCUAUAGCACUGAUUCGCUUUAG